AUGCCCAGAGCUAAUCAGAUUACCUCUUCGGCACAAGCUCAGCAAGCCGGUCAUGUUGAUGCUGUCAAUCAAGUAUUGAUUAAUGCUGGAGACAAACGUGGAGCUCCAACACUCACUGGCAUAACUCAGAUUCACUCGGACGGAUUAAGUAAUUCGGAAUCUGGUCUGCAGUCUCCUCGCUUGCCUCCAAAAUUAAAGGAUUCGGUUAGUCCUGCUGAAUAUUUUGAUAGCUUCUUCAUUCGUGUUAUUUUAUUAGACGCAGCUCAUUAA